AUGGCAGACGCUCUCGAAGAAGCUGUACUCAGCGGCCGCCUAUUUACCAAUGGCCUUGCAAUUAACGAGCGAGCGAAUGGAGACGAUGAGGAUGGCUUCGAUGACGACGAGAAGAGCGCAGGUGAUGGCCAAUCUGAAAAAGCUAGCGAUGACGACGAUGUGGAUGCCAGCAAUGCUCAAAGCCAGCGCACUGGCCCUCGCACCGGCGCAAAGGGUGUCAAGGAGGAUGCACGCAUCCAUGAAGAGAAACAGUCUCUAUCCAGCCUCACCGAUGAGAAAGCUAAAUCGGAUUACCUCAAAUCGAAAGCACUGGUUAUGUCACAAAGCGAGAGUGAUACAGAUGACUCAGAGAGACAGGCUCGCGAGUCAUACAGACGUACACGUAUUAGGCAGCUCAAAAUGGCCUCUACUGGUGGUGUUCGUGUCUUUGGUCAUUUGCGAAAGGUCGAUGCCAACACGUACAUCACUGCCAUCGACGACGAGGAAGAGGAUGUCUUUGUGGUUAUUCUCAUUAAGGAUAAUUCUAUUGAAGCUUGCGUCGAUUUAGAAUACUCUUUCGCUAGCUUGGCUCAGGUUUACACCUCUACCAAGUUCCUCUCGGGUGAAGCAACAACAUUGGAAUUCGGUCUCGAUGCUCAUGGCGUACCAGACCCAGACAUUUUACCCACUGUGCUCGUUUAUAGAGCCGGCAGCCUCCACUCCUCCCUCAUUCGUCCCGAUUUAGAGAAAAGCCCCGUCGAGCAGACUCUCGCUGACGACGGCGUCCUCCAGUUGGUCGAGAGAGCCGUCGACGAGAACGGUGACCUUGACGAGUAG